AUGGCUGGAUUUCUUCUGCUGCUACACACCAUAUUCGACGUUGGUAUGUUAGAGGUGUUCCGCAGAUGGGGUCGGAAUAAAUGUCACUUCCCUAUUGUUUGGUUCCUGAAGCCAUUGUCUGUGGAGUGGAUGUACCUCCUCUACGUCAUACUGGUGUUAGCGGCCAUUGGAAUCAUGAUCGGAUGUCUUUACCGAUGUUGCCUCAUCAUCUUCAAUGUAAUAUUCUGGUACAUAUUCUCCCUCGAUACCACAGCCAGUACCUGUCAUUACUACUUGUUUGGCCUUGUGACGUUUCUACUUCUGAUAACUGACGGUAACAGAUAUUGCUCGAUCGACUGUCUCCUUUGGCCAGAAAUACGAAAUCAAGAAAUACCACUUUGGAACUAUGCCAUUCUGAGAUUCCAGAUCUUUGUUAUGUACUUUGUGGCCGGAAUACAGAAGCUAAAUCCCGAAUGGUGGUAUGGCUGGGGUUGUAUACGCCUUGCUGAACAUUGGGUUUUCGACAUUUUUCGACUCUUUCUGACAAACGAUCAGAUCAACUUGUAUGUUGUACACCGACUUGGAUGCAUCAUAGAACUCUUGAUUGGCUUUUUACUUUUCUUCGAUAAAAGUAGAAAAAGUGCACUUUUUCUUAUUUAUCUCUUCCAUGGAAUGCUGGUGGGUCUAGACUCGGAGAUCGGAGGAGUUUACUCUAUUAGGUGGGCCAUGAUGAUAUGGUGGAUAGAUAGCACAGAUCAUAUCUUUAUAACGGACAAAGGACAAUACAAUCCCAUCUCGCGUCAGAUCGGUUACAAACGUGCUUCUUGGUUAUAUUUGUCUAACCCAGUGCAUUUAAAACAAUUCAACGACUGUAUCGCGAAAGAAGUAAGCUUGGACGAACGUUUUGGAAUUACACAUAUUGCUUGGCUAACGAUCAACUCCAGAUUUCCACAGAGGUGGUAUCAUCCUGAGGACAUCACUAAAGUGAAAUGGAGUUUGUUUUCCAACCCUACCUUUUCCCUUCCCAUUAUGGAAGACUAUUGGGAGAUGAGGGAGCUUAAGAAAGAGCGAAAGAAAUAUAACUCAGAAUUUACAGAUUUGUUAUUCAUGUCCGAUUUCCCAGGCUAUUCAUUCAAUUUAGAAAUAUCCAACAAGGCAGAUAAUACCACAAUUGAGGUACUGAAGGGAAGGGUAAUUGCGACUGACCUGUCCACUGGACAGAAUAUGACGGUUGAAGCUGGACAAACCAGAGUU